AUGGAGUUCCGGGCUCGAGAUUACAGUGCCGAAGCGGAAGUCCGCGCUCUCCCUCGCUCACCCACCGAUCACCAUCCUCUUUUAUCUCCAUCCUUAUCUCUCCACAACCAGGCUUUUGUUAAAAAAAAUGAAAAUAACGAUUUCUUUGACCCGCUAAGAGGAGUAGACGCCGAGGCUUCAACUAGUGUUGAAAAGGCUGCUAUUAAUAUUAAUAACAGUCCAGUUUCAUCGAAGGAGUGGACUUCUUUCAAGAGAUUCUUAAUGCAAAAAUUUCCUGUAACCAAAAUGAUUUCAAUUGCUUCUUCUUCAUCUAUGUCUGAUGUGAUCAUUAAAAGUAGCACGGCAUUGCGGAAAUCUUCGGAAAGUACCCAUUUACAGGAAGCGGAUGAUCCGCGAAGAAUUUCUCAAGACGAUGUCAAGGUCAUUACUGGACAGGAAUAUGUCUCAAGAUUACACGGGCUCAAAGAUGAAAUCAACCGUGCCUGGCAUGCUGAAGAUCGUGUAACAGCUUUGAAGUUAACUAUAAAGGUUGCUAAGCUUUUGAUGGAUACAUCAGUUCUACAGUUUUAUCCUACAGCAUUUGUACUUGCCACAGAUGUAAUGGACAUGCUUGGAGAUAUGGUAUGGAAACGUAUCCAGCAAAAAGCUGAAUUUUCAGAAGAUGGAACCUUGCUUUAUUUGGAGUUGGCUAUAUUGCCUUGCUGGCGUUUUCUGCUUGACCGACCUCUAGAUAGUCUCCAGCGCCUGGUUAUGAUGGCAAGAGGGGUAGUUGAUCCAUUAGCAUCUGCCUACUGCCGUUUGUACAUGGCCCACUGUGCAAGGAAGUUGCCUUUGUCUGAUAUAGCAGGGCACCUGAUUACCUGUGUUAAUGACAUCGAAAUUCUGUUGAUGCGUCAUUUAUCAGUAAAGGAAACCCUGCAUGGACUUUUUGCUGGCAAGAAAAGUUUGCUUCUCAGUCUGAUGGAACCAACUAUUGACUAUAUUAUGAAAUGCAUAUUUGAGAAUUCAUCACAGUCUCAGGUAGAUUCUGUACUGUUGGAGUUAGGACUGGGAAGCAAUCCAGAUUUAUUUGGGAGUUCUCCUUGUGUCUCGCUUGUUCUUCACCAUCUGCUGAAAGAACUUCCAACAGAAGUAGUCAGGUCCAAUUUUGUGGGUAUCCUUCAUCUGAUUGAGUGCAGCGAAGAUUAUUCUUUCGAUCAGUGCUUGAAUUACAGGUUACUUGGAUUCCGGCUCUGUGAAAGUAGAUCCAGACCGGACAUUGUCUACUCAGUUGUGGAUAAAGUUAUUCAGGCAGUUGCUCAAUAUGAUAGACUUGAUCGGUACUUGAGGGUAGUUGAUGCUUAUAUUGACAUUGUUCUUCAAAAUCAGAUGGAUAGUCAUUUGAAAACCAUUUUAGAGGGUAUUUCAAAGCUAGCAUGCCAUAAAGAAAUACAUGAAGAUGAACUCGAAAGCUUGAAGUCAAUUUUGAUGAAGCUUCUUUCUCAUUUCACAGACUUGCACAAUGUACUAGCUCUGGACCAUUUUCUAGAAAUCUUAGAUGUAAUGUAUGGGAACCCUAGGAGUACCAUCAACAUGCAUAUCCUUAGUAUGGUGACAAGGACUGGUUACUUGCAUGAUCUGUCAACCAUACAGUUGCUUUUUGAAAUUUCUCAGUCUCUACAUGAUGCUAUAGAUUUUGCAAGUAUGAAAGAUGAUGAAUACCAACAGUCACUAUGGCUGAUUUCUCGCUUUGUUGAGAUGGUUGACUUUGGAGCAGAGAUGGAACAGCAUUUGACGUUUUUAGUUGAAUGCCGUGGAGCUUUCGGUAUCAUAAAUGAACUUAAGUAUGAUUACACUUUUAAGCUCAUCUCAAGUUAUCGGCAUUUGCAUAUAGUUUUGCAAUAUGCAUUUGAUAGGGUUUCUAUUGAUCGUGCUGAAGAUGCUUUUGAUAGGGUUUCUGUUGAUUAUGCUGAGACUCUAAUCCAUUCAAGCAAUUGUUUGGCUAUCAAAGCUUUGAAAGAUGGAAGAAAGAACCUUACCUUUGUCAAAUCUUGCAUGGCAUUUAGUGAGGUCACAACACCUUCUGUUUUAGCACAAGUUGUGCAGUUUAAUCUUUAUAUUGAAACUGCUGAGGUUGCUUUAUUAGGUGGUUUAGUUUCUCAUUCAGAUGGCCUGGUGUUUUCUGCAAUAAGGAUGACUCCAGUAAUGAAGACGAGGUUAUUUUGUGCGAUAAUUUUGUUCUUGGCAGCAGUUUCUCAGAAUAAGCUCCCAUACCAUGCAUACUGUUCAGAGGUUAGGGGCAAUGACUUGUUAUUCUUUGGUGAUCUAUCCUACGUACAUGAAAUUGUGGCAUUGUCUGAGUGUGUUCUUCAGAAUCUCACUAGUUUCAUUGAACAAGAGCCACUGGAGGCUGCUCGUGGAAGCAUGGCACUUGAAGCUUGCAACUGUAUAGCAUCUUCUUUCAAAUUAUGUGAGGAUAUAUUAGAAGUUUGCUGGAAGCUGAUUGAAACUGCUAGGUUAUGUCUUCGUGCUGAUGACAAGUACUUGCAGUCCACCGUCAAAUAUUUAAACGAGCAGCUGCCAACUUCUAGAAUGGUGCCAUCCUGUAGCAGUCUGAUAUCUGCAUAA